AUGAGUGAGAUGCAAUUCACCGAAGAUGUCAUUUUAAGUUAUCGUGAGAAAGUUCGAUCUAUGUUUUAUCAUGCCUACGACGGCUAUCUCAAUUAUGCAUUUCCAUUAGAUGAGCUGAAACCUCUUUCUUGCGAAGGAGUUGAUACAUGGGGAUCUUUCUCCUUAUCACUGGUGGACGCUCUGGAUACAUUAUUAGUUAUGGGUAAUCACACAGAGUUUAUUAGAGCAGUAGAAUUAGUUUUAAAAUCGGUCAAAACAGAUGUAAAUGUAAAUGUUUCUGUUUUCGAAACGAAUAUUCGGGUAGUAGGGGGAUUGUUAUCAGCUCAUAUGUUUAGUGGAUUUGCCGAAGGUAUGGAGUUAGAGGAAGGGUGGCCAUGUGAUGGUCCGCUGUUACGGUUAGCAGAGAGGAUGGCCUCUCGUUUAUUACCUGCUUUCAACACAGAUACCGGUAUGCCUUAUGGCACUGUUAAUUUGAAAUAUGGUGUACACAAGGAGGAAACUCCCAUUACAUGUACCGCUUCCAUCGGAACAUUUCUUGUUGAGUUCGGAACCCUUUCCCGUCUUCUGAAUAAGCCCAUUUACGAACAAGUUGCAAUGCGAGCCCUUGAAUCGUUGGAGAAACACAAAUCGAAAAUUGGUUUAGUUGGAAAUCAUAUAAAUGUUCUGACAGGACAAUGGACGGCUACAGAUUCUGGUAUUGGUGCAGGAGUCGACUCUUACUUCGAGUAUCUAGUCAAGGGUGCUGCUCUUUUCGGACGACCUAAGUUGAUGACGCAUUUCAAUGAUUACAAAGCUGCAGUAGAAAAGUAUAUAAGAAAAGAAGAUUGGUUCAUGUGGGUUAGCAUGUUUAAAGGGGGUGUCACCUUUCCAAUAUUCCAAUCUCUUGAGGCUUUCUGGCCGGGCUUAUUAGUUAUGACUGGAGAUGUUGACAAUGCCCGUAGGAUAAUGCUUCAAUAUGCGCAAACCAUUGAGCAAUAUGGAUUUCCUCCUGAGUUCUAUAAUAUUCCUGAAGGCGAGCCGACUGAAAAACGAGCAGCAUACCCGUUACGUCCUGAGAUGGCAGAAAGUCUGAUGUAUCUCUACCAGGCAACUAAAGAUCCUAUUUUCUUAGAAAUAGGAGCUCAACUUGUCGACGCUAUCGAACAUAGUGCCAAAACGAAGUGUGGCUAUGGCACAGUUCAUGACGUUCGCGUGCAUGAUGUAGAGGACAGAAUGGAAUCUUUCUUUCUGGCGGAAACAACGAAGUACUUGUAUCUGCUUUUUGAUACGAACAACUUUCUACAUAAUGAUGGAUCUCAUGCCUCCUUAAUUAAUACUACAAACGGAGAGUGUGCGAUUGCCGCUGGUGGAUACGUUUACAAUACUGAAGCACAUCCUGUUGAUCCUGCUAUGUUGGAAUGUUGUUACAAAAAAAGUGUUCAAGAUAGGAAAACUUUCGAUGAAUGGGCUCGAAAUUUUGAUGGUACAGCAGUUGACAUAGAUGAUUUGAUUGAUGAGAGUUUGAAUGUUCGACACGUUCCACUCGAAAAUAAACUCAGAUACAAUAAGCCAACCAAGAAACAGUUGAAGAAGAAGUUCAAAAGACAGGCUAAGAAGAAGAGAGGAAGUAGGAAUGCUAUGCUUCGAAAAAUUCGAGAUCUAGUGAAAGCAGCAAGACUGUUGGAUGAACAAAAACAGCAGAAGGGGGAGAAGUCUUCUCUAUCUCGGGUUCUUUCUCACUGGUUAUUGAAAAUGUACGAGGAGUAUGAGGAUAUUGAUGACAAACUUAACGAGUUUACAACUUUAUCAGACAACGAAAUUAGGAGUAGGUUACUCAAACGACAUAACGCCGAACAAGUUCUAAUUCCUCAAACGUUAUCAGAAGAUAACUGUUCUCCGUUGGAUUAUGUGGGUGAGAGUGUGAACUUCCGGAUUAUGAUGAGUCAUAUUUACAAGAAUUACAUUUAUCCUAACAACAAGAUAUACUACUUACUAAGUCCAAUCUGUAAAUUUAACGACGCACCUCGUAUCGAGGAUAACUACAUGAACAUUCCACCCAUAACUCAUGACGAGUCGGACAGCGAAGAUGAAGAAGAAACAACUAUUUUCGGUAUCCGGGCACUACCGUUCGAUUUACCGGAAUUUGAUGAUUUCGAAGACAGCUUCGAGAAAUUACGUUCCCCACAUCCCGAAUUCAUAUCAUUUUUUACUGGUGGUCGACAUGUCAUCAGUAAAACGCUACCAAAAAGAAAAGUCACUCAAUAG